CCAUACAACAGCGACGUCCGAUGAUCGAAUACUCAUCCAACGCACCAACACCGCUUGCCUAUCCAAGGCUGUCCGCCCACGAUCUACUGACAUCAAACGAGCCAGAUUACCUUAAACUCAUUUUAACUGCAAAAGUAUAUGACAUCAUCAAGGAAACCCCGCUCGUCUAUGCCCCCAAUCUUAGUGCAAAACUUGGAAAUCAGAUAUGGCUCAAGCGUGAAGAUCUUCAGGAAGUCUUCAGUUUCAAAAUAAGAGGCGCUUACAACUUCAUGGCCAACAUGCGAGUAGAGGAGCGGUGGAAGGGUGUCAUCUCAUGCAGUGCUGGUAACCACGCCCAAGGAGUCGCUCUGUCCGGUACCAAGCUCAACAUUCCAUGCACCAUCGUCAUGCCCACCGGCACCCCGUCCAUCAAAGUGCGCAACGUCGAACGCUUAGGUGCUAAAGUCGUCUUGCACGGCUCAGACUUUGACGAAGCCAAGGCUGAGUGUGCACGCCUAGCGGCCGUGCACAACCUUAUCUUUGUCCCCCCCUAUGACGAUCCGCUCGUCAUUGCUGGUCAAGGAACUAUCGGUAUGGAGAUCCUCAAACAAUUGCCCGACGCGACACAUCUCGACGGUAUAUUUGCUGCCGUCGGUGGCGGCGGGUUAGCUGCUGGCAUUUCCGAAUACGUGAAGCGUAUUGGUAGCCCAAAUACCAAGGUGUAUGGCGCAGAAACUGUGGACGGGGAUGCCAUGUACCAGAGUCUCAAAAAAGGAGAGCGUGUCACCUUGCCGGAAGUCGGGCCUUUCAGCGAUGGCACAGCUGUCCGCAUCGUCGGAGAAGAGCCUUUCCGUGUCUGUCAACGACUCCUGGAUGAAAUUGUUAUCGUCAAUGACGAUGAAUUAUGUGCUGCCAUCAAAGACAUAUUCGAAGAAACAAGAUCUAUCACUGAGCCCGCUGGUGCAUUGGCCCUUGCCGGACUAAAGCGCCACAUUAUUAGCAACGGACUGGUCGGUGCACAGAAAACAUUUGUUGCCGUCGUAAGCGGUGCAAACAUGAACUUCGAUCGACUUCGGUUCGUUGCAGAGCGCGCUGAACUGGGUGAAGGCCGAGAAGUUCUUCUAAGCGUGGAACUUCCAGAAAGACCUGGAAGCUUUUUCGCACUACACUCUCUUAUCCACCCACGCGCAGUAACCGAAUUUGUCUAUCGAUACAGUUCAUCGGAUCGUGCACACGCUUUCCUUUCCUUCAGGGUCGAGUCUUUGUCGCGCGAAAAGGAGGUCGCGGAGGUCCUUAGCGCCAUUAAAGAAGCUGGAAUGUCUGCUUUCGAUAUGAGUGACGACGAAAUGGCGAAGACGCAUGUGAAGUAUAUGGCUGGUAGAUCAGUCGUCGUGCCCCACGAACGUCUUUUCCGAUUCGAGUUCCCCGAGCGGCUUGGGGCGUUGCGCACAUUCUUGUCUGGACUUCAUCAAGGUUGGAAUAUCACACUUUUCCAUUACCGCUAUCACGGAGCAGAUUUGGGCAAGGUCUUGGCCGGGAUUCAAGUGCCGCCUGAGGACAGUAAUCAUUUUCAACAGUUCUUGGACAAGCUCGGAUACCAUUAUGUUGAAGAGACGGACAACGAAGUGUACAGGAAAUACCUCAGGGGCUAAAGGGAACCAAGGUGACGGCGGUCGGUACUUGAAGGGAGGAAUGUAAUUUUGCCGAGCUGCAGGCUUUGUCUCGGCCAAUAAAUAUCCGUGCCAAACCAUGAAUCAACGCAAUUUUAGAUA